GAGAGAAGUGUUGAAACAUCUUCACCUGCCUGCACAGUCUCUUCCUUCUACCACACAAUGGUAACCUCUUUGAAGCAGUGGCCAAUGAUGGUAGCUGUUGCAGUGUGUGUCUUAAUAUGUCUAGGGACAAUAGUAGAAGGAUAUCCACCAAAACCAGAAUCUCCUGGAGAAGAUGCUUCCCCGGAGGAAAUGAAUAAAUAUCUGACUGCUUUGAGGCAUUAUAUCAACCUUGUUACAAGGCAAAGAUAUGGAAAGAGGGACAGUCCAGCUGACAGUCUGCUAUCUGACAUUCUUUAUGGAGACAAUGGAAACCACAACAGCAGAUCACGGUAUGACGACUCAUCCUACAAUUGGUGACCCCUGGAAAAUUCCCUCUCUCCCCCUUUCCCUGAGUGACUGCUUGACCACAUUCCCGUCUUUUUAAC